CCAGCGCUUCCCGCCUCCGUGUCCCCGAGGCCGCGCCAUGCAGUGAGCGCCCCUGGCCCGACCCGAUCCGACCCCACUCGACGGACGCGCGUUCCCGCCGACAUCCCCGGGACCCGCCGCCAUCCCCGGCCGCGCCGACGCCCCAGGACCUGCAGAUACCCCGGGCCCCGCCGCUCAAGAUGCCCCGAGGCAGCGCCCUGCUGCUCGCCUCCCUGCUCCUCGCCGCGGCCUUUUCAGCCUCCCUGGGGCUCGGGUCACCGGUGAAGGAAAAGAGAGGCUGGACCCUGAACAGCGCUGGCUACCUUCUUGGACCACACGCCAUCGACAACCACAGGUCAUUUCACGACAAGCACGGCCUCACUGGCAAGCGGGAGCUCGAGCCCGAAGACGACGAAGCCAGGCCAGGAAGCUCCGACAGGCCGCUGUCAGAGAACAAUGUCGUGCGCACGAUAAUCGAGUUUCUGACUUUCUUGCAUCUCAAAGACGCCGGGGCCCUGGAGCACCUGCCCAGUGUCCCUGCAGCAGUGUCCUCAGAAGACGACGGGAAGUCCUAGGAGGCCCCAGGGCGUGUUCGUCUCUCCGCUGUCCCUCGAAGUCGAGCUCGAGGACAAUGACGACGGGGUGGCUUCGGAUGCAGUGGAAACCUCCCCGUCCUCUCUGCCCUGACGCUGUCUUCUUAUCAUUUAAGACUUUUUCCCUUUGGUUGUAAGUUCAAGCGGCAAAAUAAAAAACCAGCA